AUGCGCAGCAGCAGAGCAAACACCUCAAGUCGACUCGUCGCUCGCCUCGGGGCACCCGACCAAGCACCCGACCACUGCAGAAGCGGCGCCGCCGCGCCGCCGUCCAAGCACCUUGGCACACCUCAACCAUGGCCCGCAGGUGGCACAACCGCCGGGACGCCGCAAAACUGGGGGCAGCCACCACGCGACCGCCGCGCCGAGGCACCCACCAGAUCCAUGGACCUCCACGCAACCGCUGCGUCGAGGCACUGCCCGGACGCCAACCACCCACGCGCAGUCCAGACGCCGCAGCCGGCGAGGCGAAGACGCGCACUCGGGGCUGCCGCCCCGGCAUCCCCAACUCCGGCAGAGAACAUGCCAGCACCGGGCACCUCCUCCACCUCCACCCUUCACGAGCAGCACCUCAUCCCGUCUGAGCCCGCCAAGGCCCAAAAACGGCCCGCCCUGGGCAACACCAGCGCGCCGCCAUCCGCCGCCGCACGCAGCAGCACGCUCGCCGCCGCGCCAUUGUGGCCGCCCGCAGCAGCCCCCAACGAUCGUCGAGCAGCACAGUGGCCUCCGGCAGCGGCCCGCCCCGCCGCCGAAGCACGCUGCGCUGCGCGAGGAUGCGCCGAAGAACCGCCUUCCGGGGCCGCCGCCCGGCGUCCGCGCCAGAUCCGGCCGCGCCGACCCCAGCCAGCCCGAAGCAUCUCCCGCCGUCGAGGACCGAGAAGGCGCCGCCGCCGCGCCUAG